AUGAAUACCCUUCUAGAACUUACAACCAACCUCGCUCUAUUUGUGACGAUUCUCUUCGCCUCUCGUUUCUUAUGGAAUUAUCUUCGGUCCCCGCUGAAUUCUUUUCCCGGUCCUACUCUGGCGAGUUUCACAAACAUAUGGCGCAUGCGAGAUGUAGCCAAAGGCCGUUGUGAUAUUACACAUAACAACCUGCACCGCAGAUACGGGCCUGCUGUUCGUAUGGGUCCAAAUGUCCUUAGCCUCUCCGAUCCCGACUUGAUCAGCCUUGUUUAUAAUACCAAGAAUCCGUGGCUUAAGAGCAACAUGUACAAUGUUAAUGACGUUGUCGUCGGUGGUGUCCGAUUGAAAAAUCUGUUUUCGAAUCAGAAUGAGAGUUGGCACUCGACUUAUAUCCGCCCAGUCAAGAACUUAUAUUCUAUGAGCAAGGUUCAAGACGCCGAGACCAAUAUAGACAUUACUAUCAAGCUCCUUUGUGAGAAGCUCCGAGCGCGGUUUGUCCGCCCGGGUAAGACCUGCGAGAUGUCUGAUUGGAUCAACUUCUUUGCGUGGGAUACUAUGAGCCAAGUCACGUUCUCGAAAGACCUUGGUAUUCUCGAAGCUGGCAGUGACUACAAGGGUUUCCUUAGAAGGUCCACUCAGACGCUCGAUUACUUUGCUCCAGUCGGUGAAAUGAUCUGCCAAAUCCCUCUUCUGGACUAUCUAUUUGACAAGAACCCGAUCAUGCGCAUUGGACCGCCGACUUUUGUCUGGGCCAAUAUCUUCAGUCUUGAACAACUCCACAGACGUUAUCAAGAAGGCAACCACGGCGGCGAUUUCCUUUCUAAGUUCCUCCAACUCAAGCAGAAGAACCCAGAACUUGUCGAUGACAACACUGUAAUCCUCUGGCUACUUUCCAAUGUGCUUGCAGGUAGUGACUCGACAGCAGGCACCAUGUGCGCGACCAUUUACUAUGUCCUGAAGAACCCCGGCGUGUGCCAGAAACUUUGCGAGGAACUCCGCGGUGCUAAUCUCUCCUUUCCCGCUCAGUGGAAAGAAAUUAAAGCACUGAAAUACCUUGAAGCGGUGAUGCGUGAAUCAAUGCGCAUUAAUCCCGGAGUCGGCCUUAUGCUCGAGCGUAUUGUCCCGAAAGGUGGUCUCACUCUACCGGACGGACGCUUCGUGCCUGAAGGGACUACUGUGGGCAUGAAUCCAUGGGUGAUCAACAGGAACGAGACGGUCUUUGGUGCCAACACACAUGAAUUUAUCCCGGAGCGUUGGCUUCAGAACCUAGGGGAAACGGAAGAGGCAUACCAGGCGCGCUUUUCUAAGAUGAAAAGCACCGAUUUCACAUUCGGCGCUGGAUCGCGCGCCUGCUUGGGACGCUAUCUCUCGCAGCUGGAAAGCUUCAAGCUGAUUGCGACACUUUUCAACACAUUCGACAUGGCGCUCCCCAGUCACGACCAUGAGUGGCAGCUCACAAACUCGUGGUUCAUUAGGCAGAAAGGCAUUCCUGUCCACCUGGUAGAGCGAGUAUAG